AUGUCACAACGACGACUUUGGUUCACAGUUCUGCUCGCAGCCGCGAGUACAGGUGUCUGGCAGCAACAACUUCAGUUCGUCUCUCCCCGUCCCCACGCGCAGCUCCGCCGAACCCGCGGGGGCCGUGCGGUCAGCGGCUGCCGCUGUAGCGACGGACGCGUGUCUCGGCGGUGCGGAGACAGCGCGCUGCUGCUGGCAGACUUGGGGCCAACUCCAACGGUGGUAAGCUGUGCCUUCAACGCGAUCACCUUCCUGCCGCAGUACUUGUGGCUCCUGAUGGUCUUUGCGCCAAACUGGUCCUUCACCAGGAAGCUUGUUUUGGGCAGACUGAAGAAGAGAAGCUGA